AAAAGCAAGACGAGCUCCCAUCAGUCCAUCACUCCACAUGGGUCCCUCUCCCUCUCCCUCUCCCUCUCCGCCCCCGAAUCACCCGUUUCUCUUGGCCUCCUUUCUCUCCUAAAUCUUCUUCUCUACUAAACGAGAGAGAGCGAUCCAUCAUCAUCAUCACCACUUCAUUUGCUCUCAGGGGCUGACGAUCUCCCGCCAUACCCAUCAAUGCCAUCCUCGCGGUGCGCCCUGCAUCGCACGGCCGCGGAGAGAGAGGCCAUGGCGAAGACGUGGUAGAGGGAGCCCGGCCCGGGAGGUUAUACACACACACACACACACAGAGAGAGAGAGAGAGAGAGAUUGCGAGUCGAAGGAGGUGGGAAUGGGGGAGAGCGGCGUCGGGGGGCCGGCAAUGGCGCCGCUGAACGUGGAGCGUGGAGAGGAGAGGUGGAGGCACUUCGAUAGCUCGGUGAACGCUGUCUCCUUCGGCUUCGUGGCAACCGCCAUCCUCAUCUCCAUGUUCGUCGUCAUGGCCAUCUUGGAGCGCUUCCUCCGCCCCAGGCCUCCUUUUCUCUCCUCCAACGAUGGCCGGAGGCGGAGGGGCUCUCCCUCCGUGGAUCUCGAGGCGCAACGCCGCCGGGGCCUCGCCGGCAAGCUCGGUUACCCUUCGCCCAAGAUGUCAGUCUAUGCAAAAGGGGUUUCAGUGCUGAUGCCCGGGCAUGAUAUACCCACCUUCAUUGCUCACCCUGCCCCAGCACCUUUACCCCCGGAACGUAGUUCUUGGCCUUCUCAUCAACAUAAUCUAAUCGCUGGGUCUAAAUCAAAUCUAAGUUAGGAAUCUCGGAGCAUGGCAUUGUCCAAAUUCUCAUCUUCCUGCAAUGUCCAUUUCCCAUUUGGACAGCCUGCUUGGUUCCACCUGAGGCAGUUCAGCUGGUGCGGUCGUAACCCAUGUUUCCUAUCUGCUCAUGCAUGCAGAUAAUGUCAAAAUACAAGAAGUUCUCCACCUCUCUCAUGUAGUGUAUGCUGCCCCUGUUCGUUCAAGGGAUGGUGUGGUGGCUUUCUGAAGGACAUAUCAUUCUGUGUAUUUGCUAUUGCACAACUUGGAUGCUUGGAAACAGUAGGACUGUGAGGCCUUCUGUUUCGAUCCGUCCGAGAUUUACGUGUCAAUGUUCAGGAGAAAUCAAUUGAGUUCUAGACUCUCCUCUGGCUGUUCCUCUUUUCUGCAUGACUCAACCCAAAAGCAAGGUUUUACAGGUCGCAGGGAUCAAAACUCAUGGAUCUGCAUGCAAAUCUACUAUAGGCUGCUAUAUUCGUUUCAGAAGUCAAAACAACUUUCCUUGUAACCCAGUGGCAGAUCUAGAUUUCUUGCAUGGGACAAGAAUUUUUACAUGGCAUUCCAGUAAAAAUUCAUUAUCUAGAGUUACAGUUUGCUGUAUGCCUUUUGCAAUGAAAAGGGUUGUACUGUCUUGAAUAGCCACUA